CGACGCCCUUUUCCGCGCAGCGCGGCGCGGCGGCGGAGGUGAGCGGCUGUUGGUUCUGAGCGUUCCGAUCUGCCGCGGCCGGCCCGGCGGCGUCGCCCGGGCGCAGGGCGGGGCUCUUCGGGCUGUCGGCGGGGAAACGGCGCUGUUGUCGGGAAAACUGGGUAAGGCAGAGAAAAGUGAUGGCUCAAUCAGGAGUGAAUUCUGUUGACUGUGUGGAAUUGGAUAGAGCUGAAGAUACUGGAAACCAAAGUGAUGACUCAUCUGAUAGCUUAUUUAAAACUCAGUGUGUUCCUUCACCUGCACAAACGCCAAGACCCCCCACUGUGAAGUGUGUUCCUUCACCUACAAGUGUUGAAACAGAUUCAUCAAGCGACUCUUCGCUAGAACCAAGACCCUUGACUUUAAAGGCUAUUUUUGAGAGAUUUAAGAAAAAGAAACGGAAAAAGAGGAAAAAGAGAAAAUAUAAGCCAAGAUUAAGACCAAGAGGAAGACCAUCUGGAACAAAGAACACUAGAAAGUCACAGAUAGAUGCAAAACAAAUUAAAGACAAAAGAGCUGUGUUUCCAUUCUUAGAUUCUGAAAAUGGAAGAAAACCUUUACCUUGGAAGAAAAUUUUAACAUAUGAGCAAGCUGUUGCAAGAGGAUUUUUUCACCACAUUGAAAAACUCAAGUAUGAACACCACCUUAAGGAAUGCUUGAAGCAGAUGCAUGCUGGGGAAGAUUUAGAUAAGGAAGACCUUGAUAGCCGCAGACACAAGUACAUGGAUGAUGAAGGCUCACUUUCUCCUAUUGAAGAGCCAUUGGGUCUUGAAGGAUCUGAAGAAGAAGCAACAAAUCCUCAAUCUGAAUGUGAUAUCAAGUUGGUUGAAGACAGUUGCUUCAUAGUAAGUUCAGACUUCUCGCGGAAGAGAAACUUAGAACAAGAGAAGAUUAAAUUAAGAAAAAAUUUACAUUCACUAAAAAAGCCAAAGAUGCCACACACCGAGAUCACAGAAGGACCUGGAAAGGAGAUGAGCACGUGAAUAAGAAGGAUUAACUUGAUUAUGAAAUCUGAAUUGAAGAUACUCAUGAAUGUAUGUUUCAGUAUUGUACUGGCAAUUCCUCAAAGAUUAGAAUUCUGAGUGUUAGGAAUGGAUGUGUGAAGACUCUUCAGAGCUUUUGGGCAUCACAAGUGAAGCCUACCUUAAAAUGGUUUAUGAAGAUAACUGAAGAAAAUCUUCUGGUUAAGAACUGUCGAUGAUGGUGGCUUUAAACCAAGGACAGAUAAA